AUGCAUUUCAAGUUCUUAUCCACUCUGCUGUUUGCGACUUUAGUGGCGGUGCUGGCCGCCGAUGCAGAAGCAGACUCAUGGCCUUCGGCGCCUGUCUCGACGAUAGUCCUCGAAGCGGCAUCCACACCUCGUGGGAACGAGUUGUUGGCCUCCGAAACUAUCCCAAAGCCCCGACCAAAGGCUUGUCGUGCUAAAGGUCAGGCUCAGCAACCCUUGCCUGGCCCAUCAGAGGGUGCCACAGGCUCGGGUCAUUCCUCUGGAGGCGAUGAAGGUCAUUCUGGGCCUGGGCCAGGCGGAGGGUGGCAGUAUGGACCCGGGUCUUCGGCUUCUGAUGCGCCUAUGGCGACUCUACUCCCGAAGUUGCAUUGGACCCAGGAUCAGUCAGAUCUGGACCACGUGCGGCCAAGCAACAGCCGGGACCAGUACUAUAUGCCUGAUGGCGCCGGGCCUGGUGACGCUCAUCAAUUCGGCUGGGUAAAAGCUGACUAUGUCGAUAACGCCGUUAUGCUGGACCACUCCAACCUGUUCACUUGGAAUCACGACGCGGCCAGUGAAAACCUUGCCAUCACUUUCAAAAACCCCAGUGCUUUCCAAAUCGCUCAUACCAUGUGGCAUUCCGGCAUGAUCUUUACUUUCUACGACGGCAGCUGUGGCCCGGCACUGAACUGCUACAUAAUCGCUCAGGACUUUGCAUUCGACGAGUCGAGUCAGAAAUGCUCUGUAACAACGAAAUCGGCAAACUUCGACGAAGUAUGUGAGAAUUUCGAAUUCCAAUGGGGCAACUACAAGCCUGGACAUGGACCAAAGUACCAGUUGACAACGACGUCCCUGCCGCCGUCUUCCACGACGUACACAGCUUCGACGACCUCCUCAAGUAAUUCCACGCCGUCUGCCACUCCCACUGAUUUUGCUCAAGAUUUUGGCUUCAAUCCGGAUGAUGUCAAUUGCACUGCUCCCAAAGAUAAUGUCUACAACUUACCGACUGCUUGCCUUGGCCAAUACUUCGAUGACGACCUGGACGAAACAUACGGCUUGAUUGGCCUGGAAGCCUCUCCCUUCGCUACUUUCGCGACUCAAUUUCCUGGCUUAUUUACAGAAAUUCCCGCCUCGCUUGACGACGACGAGGCGGCCGCUGACAGUGCAGCUUUGGGCUUGACUCGACGCAUGACCGACCACCAACGCCGACUGUUUGCAGCAGCCUGGGAUUUCUUCGGGCUGCCUUCGAAGGACUACAACGUCCCGGUCAUAAAUAAGCAAAUCAGCCUGAACGUACCUCAGCAGAAGAACACGGUGCCCAGCCCCUGGGGACCACAGGUCCUCAUCGCGUCCUAUUCACAACAAUACCAAGGAGGCGCCGCAUCCGGAAAGAUUAACUUGUUCUGCGUGGACUGCGGUGCCUCUGGCACAGCCGAUAUUGCCGGCAGCAUAGUCGUCAACGUGCCAAAAGGCAUCACGUCAGUCAAAGCCGAGCUUGGUGUGAACCUUGCAGUUGGCAUCAAGAUCGGUCUGGAGGCCGAGGCAACGUAUACUCAGACAAUCAACCAGAAACUAUUCGAGGUCGGCUUGCCGGGCCUGGACAUCGGGAUCGCCAGAGUCGGACCUAUCCUGCGAGUCGGUGCCGAUGUGAUUCUGGAUCUCAAGGCUCAGGGAACAGUGCUAGGAGGCGGAACAUUCAGCAUCACAGAUGCCAAAGCAUCGAUUGAUGCUAUCAGCCUCAGCGGGACGUCAUCUGGAUGGAAUCCAUCCUUCAACCCUGUAUUCGAGGCUCAAGGCUCAAUCGCAGCCAGCGCCGAGCUCGGUCUCCCUAUAGAACUCGCGCUCGGCGUAUCUGUUGGUGUCUCUUCGCUAAGCUUUUCUGCUGGCGUUUCUGUAGUCGAGCGGCCAGCAAUCGUCGCCAAGGCUCAGGCAAGUGCAACAGCUAACCUCAACGGAGCUGGGUUCGUCAGUGUCGAUGGGUGCACUGGUAUUAGUGCCGGCCUGACCUUCAAGAACAACUUGUACGCUCUCGCCAACGCUGGGUCGUUCGUCAACAGGAGGUUCGACCUCAAUGAGGUCCCCGAGAUCUCCCUUGUCAGCACUUGCAUCGGACUGCCGCCUGCACCGCCUGCUGAAAAGCGAGCUGACGACUUGCAAUGGGUGUCUCGACGCCAGACCAACAACAACAGCACAGGGCCCAUCAUCGACACAACAGCCCAAACACUCGCCAACGCGACCCUCAAUACCACCACUUUCGUCGUCCCCGAUAGCAACGACCUCUCGUAUAACCGCACCGACGGCUACUACGUCUCCACCCUCGUCGACAGCCAAGGCUCCGUCCAGGUAUACUCCUGCUCCGACGGCAACAGCUACGUCUUCAAGACCGACGAGGACACCCUGGCGUCUGACUGCAUCACCGACUUCAUCAUCUAUCCCGAUCCCACAGACCCGAAUCUCGGCGACUACCUCCUGGUAACAGACGGCGCUGAGGAUGUUUUUGUCUACUACCCAGACGAGAUGAGCGCCGUGGGCGUCUCCCGUAUCCGCACGCUCGACCGCGAUAGCAUUCCCAGGGGGUCAGAGGAGAUUGUUUGGGUUCUGGCGGCGACUGCACCGGGAAGUCAGGUUACUGUGCCUGUGUACUAUCCUGUCGAUAGGCUGGGUAAUACUUUCUACCCGGUUGCGUGUAAGUACACGGCUGAGAGCGGGAUUUAUGACCGUAUGUUCUUGGUCAGGGACCCCGUGGGUGGGGUGAAUAUCUUGACGCAGCAGAACAUCAAGUAUAGUAUCACCGGUGGUGAUGUGCAGAGUUGUGAUCUGCUUCCGUUGAUAGAUGGGGCGAGCUAUGGGCGGGCGGAGGAGAAUGGUGGGUUGUUUGUUUAUGAUACUGAUUGA